AUGGUUUCUACCACGAUCAACAAGAAGGUUUCACUGAAAGGUGUGUUGCUGGCCAUCCUGGCGAUUACUAAUGUGUACCUGUCAAGGAAGGGUGUAACAUCAUCACCUAUUUGUCCCAAUGGGUCUGACACUUGCCAGGUCUCUCUUGGGGAUCUUUUUGACCGUGCUGUCAAACUCUCACACUAUAUCCACUCCCUGUCUUCGGAAAUGUUCAAUGAAUUUGAUGAACGCUAUGCUCAGGGCCGAGGGUUUAUUGCAAAAGCCAUUAACAGCUGCCACACUUCGUCCCUAACCACUCCUGAAGACAAGGAGCAAGCUCAGCAGAUUCAUCAUGAAGACCUGCUAAAUUUAGUGCUGAGUGUUCUCCGUUCCUGGAAUGACCCUCUGCUACAUCUGGUCUCGGAGGUCCAAAGAAUCAAAGAGGCUCCCGACACCAUUCUUUGGAAGGCCAUGGAGAUUGAGGAGCAAAACAAACGGCUUCUGGAGGGGAUGGAGAAAAUAGUUGGGAGGGUUCACCCAGGUGACCUGGAUAAUGAAGUCUAUUCUAGAUGGUCGGGGCUGCCAUCUCUGCAGCUGGCUGAUGAAGAUUCUCGCCUCUUUGCCUUCUACAAUCUGCUGCACUGCUUGCGCAGGGACUCACACAAAAUUGACAGCUAUCUGAAACUCUUGAAGUGUCGCCUCAUCCAUGACAAUCACUGUUGA